CGCGUGCGCAGGCGCGGGGGCUGCACGUGGCGCGGCGGGGCCAUGGCGGGCGGGCCGGAGCGGCUGGAUCGCGCCCAGGUGAAGAAGGCGGUGGAGGCUCUCCUGGCUUUCUCCAGAAGCAAGGCCAAGGGAAACGCGCUGCUUCUCAACGAGACCGAGAACGUCCACCUCCUGCUGACGGUCUGGAAGGUCCCGCGGGUGGCACAGGUUAUAAAAAUCCCACUGCCCCAUGGCAUUCGACCAGAAACAGCUGAGGUUUGCCUGUUCACAAAGGAUGAACCAAAUUUAUCUGCAGAACAGACUGAAAAGCUGUACAAGAAGCUUUUAAUCCAGAACGGGAUCAGAAGUGUAAGCCAGAUCAUCUCCUACAAAACUCUCAAAAAAGAGUAUAAACUAUUUGAAGCAAAGCGUCGCCUGCUGAACAGAUUCGAUCUUUUUCUGUCUGAUGAGCGAAUUAGAAGGCUCUUGCCCUCACAUCUAGGAAAACACUUCUAUGAAAGGAAAAAGGUACCUUUAUCUGUAAACUUGAAAGCCAAAAAUCUUGCUAAGGAACUGCAAAAACAUAUCCAGGGGACUACACUCCCAGUUACCAACAAAGGAUGCUGUUAUACAGCACGUAUAGGUCACACUGGAAUGAAAGCUGAUGAGAUACUAGAUAAUAUCAUUGCAGCAACUGAGGUGAUUGCUGAGAAGUUACCAAAGAAUUGGAAGAAUGUAAAAAUUCUUCACCUCAAAACACUGAAAUCAGUUGCUCUUCCAAUUUUUACUGCAAAUAUCUCCAACUUGGAUGAGCUUGACAGCCAGCCAUCUCUCAAAAAAAAGGAAGUAAAGAAGGUAAAACCCAAGAAACCAAAGAAGGCAGCUAAAAAACUGAAAUCAAGUGAAGUAACUUCGACAAGUGAAAUUAAUGCUGCUGCUGCUACCCAGGAGCUUGCAAUAGAAGAAAAAGUAGUAGUCAAUGAACCAGGUGAUCAUGAUGAUGAUGAAGAAAUUCCACAACUGGUGCCUUUGGAAAUGACCAGCUUAGCUGAGCUGAAGAAAAUUGCACCAACUCCAGAAAAAGGUGACAAACUGGGCAAGAAAAGUAAAACACCCCUUGGCAAGAGAAAGAAACAAGCUCCAGCUGUGGAGACUCCAAAACAUAACAAAAAAGUUAAAGAAGAGUGUGCAGACUUGCAGGCAUCACCAAAACAGAAAGAAGCCCAGCAUCUCGGCACGCCAAAAGCAGCAAUGAAAGAAAAAGAGAUGAAAAAGACUCCCAAAAAGCCUGAAGCAAAGUCUUUUGCAACACCCAAAGCUGGCAAAUCGAUACAGUCAGCGAAGAAGUCUCCAAAAACGCCAAAACCAACACCCAAGAAAGUGCGCAGGCCGCAGUCAGCGUGAACGUUGUCUGUUGUAACAUGUUUUAUAUAGUCAUUCAAGGUUUAUUUUUUAGUAAAAAAUAUAUUGAUGAACUAAAAUACCUUAAGAAAAUCUAAUCUUAAAGAGUCUUUUUCACUGAGACCUGUAAUGAUUCAUUUGUGUUCCCUUCUAAAUAACAAGCUGGAACAAAUAAACUCAGGAUCUUCA